CUUCACUUCAAGAACCAAUUCCCAAAACUCACCUGCGACGGACCUCUUUGGCCUCGACAAUUUCCAUAUACUAAUAACUUCUUCGAUCUUCAUUUCAUCACUACAUGUGAAAAGUCCCAGGUGAAUGCAAAACAAAUCCUCGACGAAACGAAAGACCCACCAAUUCAGCCAAGCAAAGACCGUUCAUUUUCAUCCAUCUAGGCCCAAUUCCUACCCCACGGCGAUUCUACAAAUCUAUACUAUCACAACUGCAACCACCAACACCCAACACCUUACAACUUUCUCUCUUCACUUUCGAUAAUCAUAUUUCUGAAAUUCUUCCGCAGACGUUAGGAUAAACCAAGGUAUGUCAAGUAGACAAGCAGGUUCUCAUAAGGAGAGGCGGAGUCGCAACCGUUAUUACUUGGAACCAAAUCGCUGACAUCUGCACGUCCUCUCAGCGGAUACUCGGACACUCAGAUCUUGUCAAGAGCCGCGCUCUCACUCUGCGCCAGAUCUAUCCUCCCAACCGGCAUUCUAGAGUAAUAUCCAUAAUAUUUGGAAGAUGGGUAAAUCGUGAGUACCAGAUUUCUCUUUACGUCUUCCGGGACAUCCAGCGCAGCUUGCACAACAUGAAUACCGCCGAAAGCCACGAGGCCAAUGCACAAACCUCAACAGCGCGCACCGCAUUUUCCGAGGCCAUUCCAAACUCCGAGACUUACCGCCUAGUAAAAUACAAAGCUUGUGGCUUCAAACUUCGGAGUUGAAGCGCUCUGGUUAAAUGUACGAUGGGCGAGGAGAAUAUCAUCACAGUAUCGAAUGUUGCGCACACUGAAAAUCACUGAAUCGCCUCUAACCACUUGGUCGAAGGAUAUGAUAAAUAUCUCAUACGAUACUUUCUGAGCGCUGGCAGAUGGGCUGACGUAUCAAACCUAGUCAAUCGAAGCUCUCAGCGGAGCAGAUCACCGAACUUCAGAAAUCCACCCACUUUGAUAAGAAGGAAUUGCAACAAUGGUAUAAAGGUGUGCAUGAAAGUAAUCGCUCUUACUGAGUGACUACCUAAUAAUGUGGUCUUUCUAGGAUUCUUGAAGGACUGCCCAUCGGGCAUGCUCACCAAGGAGGAAUUUCAAAAGAUUUACCGACAGUUCUUCCCAUUUGGAGAUCCAUCGUCUUUCGCAGACUAUGUAUUCAAUGUUUUUGAUAGCGACAAAUCAGGUUCGAUCGAUUUUAAAGAGUUUAUCUGCGCCUUAAGUGUCACCAGUCGAGGAAAGAUGGAGGACAAACUAGAUUGGGCGUUCCAGCUAUACGAUAUUGACGGAGAUGGAAAGAUCAGCUAUGAAGAAAUGUUAGCGAUUGUAGAGGCAAUUUACAAGAUGGUGAGUAACCUUCAGCCUCCUAUCCUGAUAGUCACGUGGGUUCUUUUGGUGCCCAUAUUCGAAGUGGGCAUGCGCAGGUGGUGUUCUGCAAGCUUCGUAGCGAAAAACUUACUAGCGAUGAUAUCCUCACCAGCUGGACUUUCGUCACAUUGUCUGUAUGACUUGUGUGCGGUAGCUCUAGGAGAAUCUCCCAGUUCCUUCGUCUCUUAUGAUGAUUUCGAACGUGUAUAAGUAUUGACUAGCAUUCGUGUAGGUUGGCUCUAUGGUCAAGCUUCCACCUGACGAGGAUACCCCUGAGAAGCGAGUCAAGAAGAUCUUCCGCAUGAUGGACAAAGAUGAGAAUGGCAGUCUGGAUAUGCAGGAAUUCAAAGAAGGGAGCAAACGUGAUGAGACAAUUGUAUCCGCCCUUUCGCUCUACGACGGUCUUGUUUAGCACGUCUUUACGUACGAAUUUCUUUUCGGUGCUGAAGGUUCAAAGGUGUGUCAAGGGAAUUAGAUAUCUGGAAGUAGUUUGGGAGAUCUUCCUAGAUCUCCAUCUUCUUUGUACUUUGGAUCAUUUGUACCUUGAUCAUCCGCCAGUUAUUUGGGCGGUUUAUGUUUUGGAAGGAAGUGUUUGUGGUAGUUUAAGCGCUGCGUAUGGUACCGGGAAGUUAUCUCCUGGAUUAGAUCCCUAGGAUGGGUCAAUUGAUUAACCACAUAUACUGGUAUAAGAUUAAAACUCCUGAUGUACUC